AUGGAUAACCCAUCACUUCUUGCUGCCAUAAUGGGGGCAGCUACAUCUAUUAUUGCUUUGGGUGUUGUUCUUUUGAAAGGACUAAGAUCUAGAAGAGUUAUGCCUAGAGAACCUCAUGUUAAUCGAGAGUAUGAAAGAGAGACAUAUAUGGAUGAUAUUCUUUGUAGAGCUGGUUGGGAAGGAAAUGCACAUGAUUCACGUGUCUUAAAUGACGCACUCUCUAGGCCAAGGGGAUUAAAAAUUCCUGAAGGUAAAUAUUAUCUUGGUGAUGCUGGUUAUGGAGUUCGGAAAGGAAUUAUAUCCCCUUAUCGUGGUAUUUGUUACCAUUUGAAAGAGUUUAGUGAUAACCCACUAAGAAAUGACAAAGAAUUAUUCAAUCUUCGCCAUUCUUCUUUACGCACUAGCAUUGAGCGUUGCUUUGGGGUUUUGAAGAAACGUUUCCGUGUGUUAGAUACAGAACCUUUUUGGUCAUUCCCAACACAAGUGGAUGUAGUCUUAGCUUGUUGCAUAAUUCACAAUCAUAUAAUAGGAGUUGACCCUUUAGACUCAAUUAUGAGCAAUGGGCUUCGUGGUAGUCCACUUGCAAAUGACAGUACAAGUAGAAGAGUCCAACAAUCACAAAGGGAAGUCCAAGAAGAAAAUAGAGAAUGGGUUCAAAAAUGGGAUGAUAUUUGUCGUAAAAUAAUUGCAAUGGGAAAUAAAAAGGAUACUCAGAAGGUCAAGGACACCAAGACCAACUUCAGGUGGUCACAAGCAAUGCAGAAUUUAUUACUUGAGAUACUUGUAGAUGAGGCUCUUCAUGGAAACAAGCAAUCCAACACAUUUAAACAUGCAUCGUAUGCUAAAGUAGCUGAAGCAAUUACUGAGAAAUUUAUGACUAAAUGUACUCCAAAGCAUGUGGAACAUCGCUUUAAAACACUUAAAACCAAUUGGAAUACAAUUGCAUUACUUCGUAAUAAGAAAAGCGGGUUUGGAUGGAAUGAUGAUUUGAAAAUGAUCACCUGUGAUAGGAAAGUGAGGUUUUCCAAGGGAGUAGGUGAUAUAGGUGUAGAAGCAUUGGAUGACUCACCUCCGCUUGUUGAUGCUGAUGUUGAUGACAUAUCCAAAAAGAAGCAAGUUAAUCCCUCACAUGUGGCCUCAAAUGAAACAGGGUCUCACAGGAAACGAAGUCAUGCUACUAUGAUUAAAGAUGCUGUUUACCAAGAUUUGUCCAUACAACUUGGUAAGGUUGCUUCUACAAUAGAAAAGAUUUCUGAAAAUCAACUAAAUUUUGGUAGUCUUUAUGAAGAAGUUAUGAAGAUGGAUGGAUUUGAAGAAAAUAUGCUUGCAUCUGCAUUUGACCAUUUGAAUGGGGAUGAAAAACAAGCAAGGUCAUUCAUGUUGAAAAAUGACAAGCUCCGUAGACAAUGGCUGCAAAACUUCUUUGACAACUAUUUAAGCCAAUUUUGA